AUGUAUCAAUCUAUAAUUAUCCCUGGGUUGCUCCUUCUGGGCUCUCUGCUUCCCACGAGCUCGGCCAUCUCUGUGGGAAGGCUACGUCGUGAUGAGAGCCCUGCUCUGCCUCAUGAUCCGGACACCACCAAAUAUUGUACUUGGUGGUUUGACAAUGAUGGAUCAAUUGAGUGCUCUGCCAUGCCAGCAAGUUGGGCCAUUUCACUACCGGAUUUUCUAAGAUGGAAUCCUUCAAUCACUCCUGAAUGUUCAAACUUCAACACGGGCUCGUCGUACUGUGUAGAGGCAUACGGCGAGCCCCCGCCAACGACAACCACUACCACCUCAGCUGCCACCACUACCACUCCAACUGGGAAUGGCAUCGUUACACCUACCCCAAUUCAAGCUGGGAUGGCAUCCAAUUGUGAUGCUUUCCAUUUUGUAGCGGCCGGCGAAGGAUGCGCGGGUAUAGCUUCCGCUGCAGGAAUUUCAUUAUCCCAAUUCUACAACUGGAACCCAGCUGCUGGAACGAGCUGCGCCGGAUUGUGGUCUGAAACGUAUUGCUGCAUUUCAAUCACCGGCAUUGAACCUUCAACAACCACCACUACAUCCACUACCACAGCGCCUGGAAACGGGAUCGCCACUCCAACCCCUAUUCAGAGUGGCAUGGUCACCAACUGCAACAAAUUUUAUCUAGUACCGGCAGGUGAAGGAUGCGCGACAAUCGUAUCAAAAAACGGCAUCUCCCUCUCUCAGUUCACCACCUGGAAUCCGGCAGCCGGGUCAACUUGCGCGGGGUUGUGGGCAGACACGUACUGCUGCGUGGGCAUCAUCGGCUUCACUCCUCCAACUACAACUUCAGCACCACCGACUACAACGGCUCCUGGAAACGGGAUUGCAACACCAACACCCUACCAGACUGGAAUGACGACUAGUUGCAAGACCUUCCACUUGGUGGUGAACGGGGAUAACUGUGAUAGCAUUAGUAGGACGGCUGGAAUUAGUCUAGCCCAAUUCUAUGCUUGGAAUCCGGCGGCAGGGAAGGAUACCUGUGCCGGAUUGUGGUUGGACACUUAUUGCUGUAUUUCUGUUCUCUAA